UCCGUCCUCAUUUUACGGUUUAUUUUUCAUUAUCAAUGUUGUCUGCUAGAUUCCUCAACUAUAACAAAAAUGAAUCAAAACGCUAAUUCUAAGGAAGUUUUACGAGAAAAACGAGCCGCUGUGGAAGCUGCCUUUCGAAAAAAAAAAAUAUCCGAGCAAAGAGCUCUUGGCACCGUUGAAUACAUGGUGGAAAGUUUAUCAGUGGACCCUCAUUGGCUUACUAGUAACGGAAGGUUUCUCAAUCCAUCAUAUUAUCAAGAUGCAGUUGAAGAAAGAGCCAUAAUUAAACAAUGUGGAUUCCCAAUAUGCCCGAAUAUCAUUGAAAAAGUAUGGAAGCAAAAAUAUUGCAUUGAUCUAAAAUCAAAAAAAGUCUAUGAUGUCACCCAAAGAAAGAACUUUUGCAGUGACAUUUGUUUUUCAGCCUCAAACCAUUUUAAGAAUCAAUUGCUAACUAGCCCUCUUUGGAUGAGAGAUAAAGAAAAAAUUCCGACAUUUGAAAUCAAUUUGGCACUGAAGAAGGGACUUCCAGGAGAUUAUAUUCCCCUAAUUACUGCUGUUGUUGCUGAUGAAGAUGGCAGCUCAGAGGAUAUUCCUGAAGUUGUUGUAGAAAAAACAGUUGCAAAACCGAAAAUGGUGCAAAGAACGGUGUUGCGGCCAACGGUUAAUCCGUACGAAUUUGUUUUGAAAAUCGUACAACAGUGGUUGACAGUAAAAUCGUUUAAGUGGCUUGAAAGAAUUGAUGAGGUAUCACUAGGUGAAGAUGUUGAAUGCAUACAAAAGCAAUUACAUCAAAUGGAAAUAAACAAACAUGCUGAUACAAGGAUAAUUAAUCACCUGCCGGAGCCGCUUGAGCUCGCUGCUAAGCAUAGUGAUCCAAAACGCGAAGCCCAGCCAUCUCUGAGCCAAGUUCGUGCAUUCCUUGCUGGACAUUUGGAAUACGCAGUGGAGAAUGCUAAUGGGGAUGGGAAAGCGAUUAAAGAUAACAUAACUCAUGUUAUCGAGAAAACAGAAAAUGAAGUUCCUAUUGUUAUCCCCUUGGCAAAUGCUUCGUCCCAAAAAAUCCUCCGUAGAAAAAUCGUCAUGGAUUAUGUAGAGAAAUGGUUCCCGAAGUUGGCUACUAUAACGGGUCUCGAGUUUCGUCGAUAUCAGCGGGAUUUAACUCAGCUUGUAUCGACUUUCAAUCUGGCAGCCGACACGAUUACACUGCGGCCCCAUGAAGUAUCUCUCAUGUGCUUCAUCUUAUUGUUCCUGUUAUCCGUCAGAGAUCCUGCAAUUAAAGAAAGGUUAACCUCUGAACGAAUUCAGCUUAAAGUGGCAAAAUUUCUGGCUGCUUAUGAAAGAACAAUGGAAGAAUUCGAAAAAGAUAUCGAUGUUCUACGAGAAGCUUUCGACUUCAGGAUGAAUUGUACCUAAAUUUUCUUUACUCUGAUUCUCGAUAAACUCGUCAAUACAUAACCAGUUUGCUGAAUUUA